AUGUCUGCGCGCCGCCAGCCUUCAACCACUUCUCUAUCCAAAUAUGUCCGAGCUAGCACUCCGGACUUACAACCACGAUCACUUGAUUUCUGCAACGCAUUUUGGGGCUUGGGCGAUGGUGGCGUCGAUGUACUUUUUGCACGCAUGCGGGGGGCUGCGAGGACGGUUGAGGAGUUGAAGAAUUUUUGGAAGGAGAGGGCAGCGAUCGAGGAAGAUUAUGCCAAACGUUUAACCAAAUUGUCGAAAAUGGUUUUGGGAAGGGAUGAAAUUGGAGAAUUACGCAAUUCUAUGAACGCCGUCAAAGUCGAGACUGAGCGCCAGUCCGGUUUCCACCUUAGCCUUGCGCAGCAAAUACGCAAUGAUUUGGAGUCCCCCGCAGCUGCGUUUUACACGCGGCAACUCCAACACAAGAAAGUCGCCCAGGCGGCCAUCGAGAAGGACUUUAAAACGAAACAGACGCAAGAGACCUACGUGACCAAAGCGCGCGAGAAAUACGAAGCGGACUGCAUGCGGAUCAAUUCAUACACGGCGCAGUCAUCGUUGGUACAGGGAAAGGACCUGGAGAAGAUUCAUAUAAAACUGGAACGUGCACAACAGACUGUACAAACCAAUGAGCGCGACUUUGCCAACUUUUCCAAAGCCUUGCAAGAUACGGUGCACAAGUGGGAGCAGGCUUGGAAGGUGUUUUGUGAUCAAUGCCAGGAUUUGGAGGAAGAGCGCAUGGAGUUUAUGAGGGACAACAUGUGGGCGUAUGCCAAUUGUGUAUCUACCGUUUGUGUUGCGGAUGAUGAGUCUUGUGAAAAAAUGCGUCUUGCUUUGGAACGAAUGGAGGCCGAAAAAGACAUGGAAAACUUUGUACACAAUUAUGGGACUGGCAAUCAAAUCCCAGACCCUCCUGCUUUUGUCAAUUAUAACACAUCUGAUGCCGUCCCCUCCUCUUCGUCACGACCCACAUUUCGUCCUGCCCAGUUUGUGCGAGCCACACAGAGAGAGCUACCUCUGCGGAACACCGUGGAGCCUGAUUUGGACGAGCCAGUCGUCAACACUGCAGGGAUAGGCGCUGGAGGAGGCGGGCGACGAUCAGAACUUUAUACCGAGCCUCCUGAUCUUACUCGCAGACCCACGCAGAGUAGGGCGCAGGCCCAGCAAGCGGUAUAUGUCAAUGGAACUCAUAACAAUCAACCUGCCUACGGUGCACCUGCCCCAGGGCCCACCGGGCAACCUCCUCAAAGAAAACCUACUUAUGCUUCGCAGGCGCCGUCACAGACGUCCCAGCGCAUCCUCCAAGAUCCUCACGCCGAAACUAUUGACCCUACUGCCGAAACGUACAUCAAGGUAGGCAAUAACGCGUAUAAAGUUGACUUGUCGAAAGACCCACAACAACAAGGCCGGAUUAAAGCACCUUCACCGUCUAUUCGUUCCAACGCAUCAUCUCCAGUCAAGCCCAUUGGUAACGGAUCCACCACCGUUGAUCCUCUCGCGAAGCAGUUGGAAGAGCUACAGAACGCGGUUUCGUCAACUGGUAGUGUUCGAAGAAACACAGUCAAUAGGCCUAGUAUGGCUGCACAAGCACAGGAACAAAGACCCUCCUCUCGUCCUCGUACAUCUCCAGGACCUUCUACUACACUUUCUCCCCCUCCAACCAGCACAAGCCUGGCGGGCGGUUCCAACUUGCAAAGUACCAGCCCCGCCCCGGUUCGUGAUUACCGUAAUUCAGCAGAAGUGGUUGUGGGCACGCAUCCAGCAGCAGCAGCGGCUGCAUCUCGACCUGCGUCUCCUAAUCCUCCCACUGCGGCGUUCAUGGUUCCUAGACCCACCACGCCUUCUGGGUCAGAGGUUGUCCAAGAGGUGUUGGCUGAUUAUCACCAGUCUUUGCCUGGAGAGCGGAAGUCGCUUAGUCGGCAGGGUAGCAGAAGGGGAAGUUUUUCAGUGCAGCCUGGUCAGCAGAAUCCGCCACAGCACCAAUCUAACUUGAGUCACGGCCAGAAUUUGGCGCGGCCUCCUAGUACGGGACACGCCGGAAUUGGUGCGCAUGGUUCACGCAGUAAUAGUCCUCAACCGCAAUCUCGCGGACCAAGUCCCGCGCCUGGUAGCGUAAUGAACUCGUAUAUCGCUCCACCUCCUCAAGGAAUCGUUCGUGCGCCUAGUCCAAACGCUGUGGGUAUUGUGCUUGACCCCAGUGGAAGAGUGUUGCAUGAUGAUAUGGCGCAUGGGUAUCAACAGCAACAGCAACAUCAGCAGCGGCCUCAGCAGCAGCAACAACAGCGGCCUGGCCCACCACAGCAGCAACAGAUUCAGCCUCAGUAUAACCCUCCCAUCGUUCCUCAACAACAACAGCCGCAAGCACGCCGAUCGAGUUACAUGUCUGUUCCUCCCCCUCAGCAGCAAGCAUAUGCCGUUACACCCCCUCCACCAACACUGUACCAAGCGCCUCCACCACAAGCGAGUUACAUCCAGCCUCCUCCCCCCGUUCAGCCUUCGUAUACGCCUUCUCCUGUUCUGUAUCAGCCUGCGCCUGUGCCCCAGCAGCAGCAGACUGCGUAUCAGAUGACGCCUGCACAGGCUGGUUCUUAUAGUGCGGGUGUCAAUGGUGUUGGUGUUGGGCGGGGUGCGCCUGGGUAUUAUCAGCCGCAGCAGCAGCAGUUGGCGCCUGUUCAACAGCAGCAGCAGUUGGCACCUGUUCAGCAGCAGCAGCAGCAGAGGCAGUUGCAGCCUCAGCAACGGUUGCAACAGCCUCAGCAGCAGCAGCAACUGCAACCUCAGCAGCAGCAACUACAACCUCAGCAGCAGCAAAGACAAGGAGGUUAUCAGCCACAACAGCAGCAGCAGCAGCUUGGGUAUCGAGAUCCUAGCCCCGUAGGCCGGUCACCCUCACCUCAACCGCCUCCCCCAGGUCAAACGACGGAAGAUGGUGAUCAGAUUCUCUUCUACGUAAAAGCGCUGUACGAAUACGCUGCUACCAUUGAAGAAGAGUUUGAUUUCCAAGCAGGGGACAUUAUCGCUGUUACGUCCACCCCGGAAGAUGGGUGGUGGAAUGGGGAGCUCCUUGAUGAAGCGCGGAGACAGCCGGGAAGGAAUGUGUUCCCUAGCAAUUUCGUUUGCCUUUUCUAG